AAUGCUUACAUUAAAAAACUUUAUAAACGGAGAAUUUUAUGACGCGGAAGAUUAUUUGGAAUCAGAAAAUCCAUCAACUGGAAAAAUAUGGGCGCAAGUACCGAAUAGUAAUGAAAGAGAGGUUAAUGAAGCAGUUAAUUCUGCCAAGAACGCCUUUCAUAAAUGGUCUAAUAUAUCAGCUCAGGAGAGGUCAAGAUAUUUAAUGAAAAUCGCAGAGCUAUUAGAAAAACGCUUAGAAGAAUUUGCAAUUGCCGAGUCAACGGAUCAAGGAAAGCCGGUAUCAUUAGCAAGAGCUGUUGAUAUACCAAGAGCCGUUUAUAAUUUUAGAUUUUUUGCUUCAGUUAUAUUACAUAACUUAGAAGAUUCAGUAUUCCAAGAGGAAUUUGGUACUCUAAAUUAUACUCAGUCAUGUCCAGUAGGGGUUGCUGGAUUAAUUUCUCCAUGGAAUCUACCCUUAUACCUUUUAACUUGGAAAAUUGCUCCGGCCAUUGCGGCUGGUUGUACGGUUGUCUGUAAACCGAGUGAAAUGACUUCAGUUACUGCUUUUAUGUUGUGUGAAGUGCUAAAACAAGCAGAACUUCCGGAUGGAGUUGUUAAUAUAGUUUUUGGCACCGGAAAUCGGACAGGAAACGCUAUUGUGAAGCAUAGAGAUGUACCAUUAAUUUCUUUUACCGGUAGUACUGUAACAGCAUCAAGAAUCAGAGAAGGAUCUACAGAUUUAUGCAAGAAAUUUUCGUUUGAAUUAGGAGGAAAGAAUGCAGCAAUUGUAUUUAAAGACGCAAAUCUUGAAAAUUGUUUUCCAGUUAUUAUGAAAUCGUCAUACGCUAAUCAAGGAGAAAUUUGUCUUUGUACAAGUAGAAUAUAUGUUCAAGAAGAAAUAUUUGAACAGUUUAUUUCAAAAUACAUCGAAUUAGCAAGGAAUAUAAAAGUUGGAGAUCCUGAGGAUCCUAAUACCAAUAUGGGGGCAUUGAUAAGCCGACAGCAUUAUAAUAAGGUCAAAAGUUAUAUUGAUUUAUCAAAGAAGAUUGGAGGGAAAAUUUUGUGCGGUGAUGGAGUUGACGAAUUAAAAUUGCCUGAAAAUUGCAAAGACGGUUACUUUAUACUACCGACCGCCAUUACUAAUGUAGCCGAUGACUCACCGUUGAUGCAAGAAGAAAUAUUCGGACCGGUAACUUGUAUUGUUCCAUUUAAAACUGAAGAAGAAGUUAUAAAGAGAGCUAAUAACAGCGAUUAUGGUCUAUGUGCUAGCAUUUGGUCAGAGAAUGUCGGAACUAUUCAUCGAGUUGCUAAAGCCUUAAAUGUUGGAACGGUUUGGGCUAACUGCUGGCUUAUAAGAAAUUUGAAUAUGCCUUUUGGAGGUAUGAAAGAAUCGGGAACUGGUAGAGAAGGAGCGAAACAAAGUCUAGACUUUUUUACAGAGAAGAAAACCAUAUGUGUAAAAAUUAAAUAA